AUGGACAGCUUUCUGGAGGAGGAGGAGGAGGAGGAAGUGGCGGCGGCGGCGGCGAAAAGUCCUGCUGCGCAGGCGACGAGCACUUUGUUGCCAGCCCUGCACCUGCCAUUCCUACCACGGCACCUCUACCAACCGGUGUCUUAUGAACAUAAAUCAGACUUCAAGAAGAGCAAGGAAGCCUGUUUAAGUUACAUUCAGGAUGCCAUGCUACAAAAGCAGUGGAAAAGGGCUGCAGAGUUUCUGACCUACUAUAUUGAGUCACUAGAAAAAGACUUUUCUAGAGAAUCUGUGGGUCCAUCAGAGAUGAUUUGGAGAAUGGGAGCUGAAAUUUUGUGCCAUCAUUCCGGCAGCAGCAUUAAAGAAUUCAACUCUUUUACAGAACAGAUGAAAACUUUAGGAUUAAAGAGGUAUUUGAAGAUUUCCCUAGAGCACACAUUUUAUCUCCUGUGUAAUGGACUAAUAGAUGAAGCUUACCAAAACCUGUCCCUGGCAGAAAGUUGGAGGUUUGGAGAACGUUCAGCCGUUCAGGAUGAGGAAAAGAAACUGAUUCAGGCUUACAGGGGCCUGUUGGACUACUACAGCUGGUGUAAGCAGAAGAACAUCCUGUUAGAGCAUGGCCAGGAUGGCUUUGAAGACUUGUCUGUUGAACAGGAAAUGCACAGUUGCUUUCGGAAGGCAGCAGUGAGUUUGCAGGAGAUUAUUACAAUACCUGGAGUCUGGGAUCUCUUUGUGAAAUGCUAUGUGGAUUUGUUGGAGUUCUAUGGAGACCAUAACGAAGCCCACCAAGUAUUAAAUGAAUAUGCCUACAACUCAAAGUUUCCUGCGAAUCCCAAUGCUCACGUGUACCUCUAUCAGUUCCUGAAGAGACAUGGUGAACCAAAGAAAUCACUCAUAUCUGCACUGAAGAUCUUGCAUGAUAUUGUUCCUUCUCAUGAACUGAUGAUAGAUUUUAAUACUAUGCUUCAAAAAUCAAAGAAAAGGAAAAAACGUCGACUGGGACUGGAAGUUAUUUUUUCAGCCUUGGAUUAUGCUGGCUGGAAGGAAAACCUGAAAGCCUGGAGCUGUUUGGCAAGACAGAUGAAACAAAUUGUCAUCUCUGAGAAGCAUCUUGACUGGAUCAAACAAGAGUGGAGCUCCAGAAAGGACUGGUGGCCAGCCUUCCAUUUUAGCCGUUACUUAGCAAAAAGGAAUUGGCAGGAAAAUGAAAGCCUUUCCUAUGAAAAAGCUGUGGUGGCUGGAAUCUUGCUGGGAAAGGAUUGCAAGUACUUCAAAUACGUGUCACACCAAGGCUGCAAAGCUCAGGUGAAAAGGUUUCGGAUACUGAAGAAAUUUGUGAAUAAACACAAUCGUGUCUACCUGAGAAUAUCUGGUCUUUCAGAUUCCUCUGUACAACCUUAAUAUAGAAGACAUCCUUAAGGUUCUUGCAAUACUUCCUCUCUGUGAAACUGACUUCUGUAUUGGUGCUAUUCUAAAAGUUCUAGGCAGACCCAAUCAACUUAGAAUUAGACUUUUUUAAUAUAUUUUUCUGU